AUGGAUGCAAUCUCGGCCAUCUGGGACAUCGGCCACGACGCAUACACCGAGUUUUACAUUUACCAAGUUGAGUGGGUGCUGGGCGAGUCGGGGUAUGUCCGAUGGAUGCUUGAAGACGCGCCUACAGCGUACACCAGCACCACCUCGGUCGUUAUUACGAUCGAGUUUGCAAGUUUGCAAGCAUUCCGGGAGAAGUUGUUCCUCAUGUGUGCUUUCCAAGGUUGCGACGGACGCGCGCCGUCGCCAUCGUCGUCGUUCACUUCUCCGCCAUCAUUGCCUUUCUUCGCCGUACAGGGUGGUUUUUUGAAUGGUCCCUUUGCCAUGCCAGCAUCGCAUUGA